AUUUUUUCCUCCACCGACGAGAAGACAAUCAGGACUCCAGAGUUCAGAUUGUUCGCUUUUGAAGAGGAGACUUCUGUGACCUUUCGAUGUUCGUUUGACCUUUGCUUCUCGUCUGAUUGCGCAGUUGGAUGCAGGCAGCAGGGGAGGCGGCGACGAGACACACCAGGUGUCAGAGACGAGCAGACACACACCACAACGAGAACAAUCCGAGUUCUACCGAGUAUUUCCGCCAAAG